AUGCGCUUCGACCGUCGCGUGGCCAUCGUGACUGGGGCCGGCAACGGCCUGGGCCGCGCCUACGCCGAGCACCUGGGGAGGCUGGGCGCCCACGUGGUGGUGAACGACCCGCAGAGCCACGCAGCAGACGCCGUGGCCCGGGGCCUGGGAGGGGGCGACCGGGCGCUGGCCAACUACGACAGCGUCGAAGAGGGGCACAAGGUCGUGGACGCAGCGCUCAACAAGUGGGGGCGCGUGGACAUCCUCGUGAACAACGCGGGCAUCAUCCGGGACAGCUCCUUCGCCAAGAUGACGCAGCAGCAGUGGGACGACGUGUACAAGGUGCACUUGGAGGGCACCAUGAGAAUGACCAAGGCAGCGUGGGACGUCAUGAGAGAGCAGGAGUUCGGCCGCAUCGUCAACAUCGCGUCGGCGUCUGGGUUGUACGGAAACUUCGGCCAGGCCAACUACUCGGCCAUGAAGCUGGGCAUCGCUGGGCUGACGUUCACGCUCUGCAAGGAGGGGGCCAAGCGCAACAUCAUGGCGAACGUUGUGGCGCCGCUGGCCAAGUCGCAGAUGACGGAGGGCUUGCUGGAGAAGGACCUGAACGACAAACUGACGCCCGAGAGCGUCGCUCCGCUCGUUGCGUAUCUGUGUCAUGAGAGCUGCGAUCGAACGGGGAAUGUGUACGAGGUGGGAGGUGGCUGGGUGGCCCAAGCGCGCUGGCAGCGGUCGCGCGGAGUUGUGUUCCCGAAAGACAAGCUCACGAUAGAGAACAUUGCGGCGCAAAUCGACGAAAUUGAGGUAAAGUGCGGCACUGCAGGCUUGGAGAUUGCCGUAUUUAGCUUAUUUUUUCUCUUUUGUGCCUAG